AUGUCUUCACCCUGGGAGAACCGCCAAAAGUGGACUCUUGGUGUCCUGAGUCAUCCAGAGACAGACGAAGUUCCUGGCACCAUCCUCCUCCUAUCCUCGAACCGAAAUCAACCUCUGGGUCUGAGAAACCAACCAGCUCAGACAUCUGCGUCGUCAUUCCCCUCUCCCUAUCCUCCCAGCAGAUCGCCUUCUCGCCCAGCUACUAAAAAAACACCCGAUGGCCGCAUCGUCCUUCAUCCUCAACCUGAGGAGUCCAUGAAUGACCCUCUCAAUUGGCCGAGCUGGCGUCGAGAUGCUGCUCUGCUUUCCUUGGGCUUUUAUUGCCUACUGGGAGGUGGAAUGACACCGGUCCUAGCUGCCGGCUUCAAUGCCGUGGCGACUGAUUAUAAUGUGAGUACGCAGCAGGUGGCCUACACGACCGGCCUCUACAUGACGGGCUUGGGUAUAGGUAUGGUGUGCGCUCUCCCCAAACUAUCCGAGUCUGGUCCUAGCUCGGAUCUUUAUGGGCAUCGCGUUGUCGGAGCUAGCUUAGUGCUCCUGUUUCUAUUUGUUCCUGAAACGUUCUGGGACCGCACUCCUCGGCCAAAAUUGAAGUCGAAACGUCCAGGAUUCUACCGGAACGUUUCUGAGCUUGCGCACUCUGGCUUGUGGCGUGGAAGACAUCCAGAACGCCGUUCCGGUGAUAAAGGGUCGUCUCCGCAGAGUCCUGAUGGUGCCCAACACCCUACAUCAGAAAAGCCAGAGAGACCGAGAAGAGAUGUGCGUGUUGGCUUCGCUGAAGAAGCGUUAAAUGAGAAGGCGCAGCAAACUCUAGACAAGGAGGAUCCCUCUGAGCUGGCCACGGUAGCAGUGGAUCAAGCGAAUGUUUCCUCAGAUGCGGCGCAAUUCAAAUCAACAGAUACUGCCAACCCUGAUGAUAUAAGGUACCUUUCUCCAGAUGCAGCAAAUACGACUCUUGGAAGGCUUGAGGAUGGUCCCGAAGUAAUUGAGACUGGUCGCCGUUCUUCAGACGUUGUGGACGUGGUGGACGUGGAAGCUCUACACGCCAGCACCCGAUCCCCUGUGAGGUAUGAAUCCGAGGAACACGUUCCGAUGAACCCAUCCGCCCUAUAUACACAUAACCUACGUGAACGACCGCGACUUCCUUACUUGCAAACUCUGCGACCGUGGAAUGGACGAUUAAGCCAUGAUAAGUGGCUUCGAGUGGCAGCUCGACCGUUCAUUCUCUUCGCCCACCCGGCAGUUCUGUGGUCGGCUCUUGUUUAUUCAUUGUCUAUCGGGUGGCUGAUUGUUUUAUCGGAGUCAGUUGCAACGAUUUAUGAGAAUAAAGCAUCCUAUAAUUUUUCUGCGUUGGGAACCGGACUGAUCUAUAUUUCUCCGUUCAUCGGCGGCAUUCUCGGCACAGCAGUCGCGGGACGAGUGUCUGAUAUCAUAGUCCAAUACAUGACCCGGCGCAAUGGAGGCAUUUAUGAACCGGAAUUUCGUCUUGUGAUGGCUAUUCCUAUUGCAAUUACAACCACCAUCGGCCUUAUGGGUUUUGGAUGGAGCGCCCAGGAGAGGGACGCCUGGAUUGUGCCCACCGUAUUUUUCGGAAUCGUCUCAUUUGGUUGCUCGCUGGGGAGUACCACUUCCAUCACAUUCUGUGUGGAUAGCUAUCGACAGUAUGCGGGCGAGGCAUUGGUGACCUUGAAUUUCAGUAAAAAUAUCUUCCAUGGACUGGUCUUCUCCUUGUUUAUCGUGGAUUGGCUCCAGAGCGACGGCGCUCGCACUGUCUUUAUUGCCAUUGGCGGCAUACAGCUUGCCUGUCUUCUGACUUCCAUCCCGAUGUAUAUAUAUGGGAAGCGGGCGCGAAUGUGGACGGUGCAGAAGAAGUUGAUGGAGAAGGUCUAG